AUGAUUGCAUUACUUUGCGCCCUUGUAGCAGUCGUGCGUCUGGUGGCCGGUACAUGUGAAUGUGGUUAUUCAAUUCAGGACCCCGAAGGCGAAGGGGUUAUUGUGUUUAUGGAUCGACUUGAGACUGACUUCGGUCAACUGCAAACUAUCUCCCAAAGCCAAGACUGGAUAGCCCAGAAAUUCACAGUAUCAGCGGAAGAUGGUCGUGGGAACUACAGCAAGGCCUUCGAACCCACAAACGUUGCCAUCCAAGCAUCGCACCCUCAAGACCAUCCCGAUCAGGGUCAUGGUCUUGAGCUACGUGGCACGUGUGCGGCCUUCUUCUGGUAUUUCAACAAUACCCAAGAGAUCGACAUUGAGUUUCUAUCACAAGAGUUUGAUUACGAUAGAGGUAUCUACCCUGUCAACCUCGUUGUACAGUCCAAGGCGUCCAUGGAGGCCGGCUACGAUGCCAGCAAGACUGGGAACUUCAAGCGAGUAAAUUUGGACUUCGACCCGACAGAGAGCUUUCACGAAUACCGGUUUGACUACGUUCCUGGUCAUGUUCGGUUUUAUGCGGAUAACAAACUGCUCGCUCAGAUGGAAGGUAGCGAUAUGCCUUCUUCUGGGGGUCAUUUGAUCCUGCAGCACUGGAGCAACGGCAAUCCGCUGUGGUCUGGCGGUCCGCCGACCAAGGACGCAACAGUCACUGUCAGCUAUGUCAAGGCCUACUUUAACUCUUCGGACCAUGAGCGUCAGUCAUAUUUGCAACAACAGUGCGUCCGGUCUUCUCUGAGAGCCUCUGCGUGUCCUAUCCAGAACGUUACAAAUGCAACAUCCUACGGCGACGACAUGCCGCACGAUUCGGACUAUAAUGACGAAAGUGACGCGGCGGUUGCAAAGAUGAGCUUGUUGGGAGGUUUGGGGCUUGGCUUAUCAAACAUCAUGCCUACGGAACCCUUUCUCGACAUCUUACUCACCAACCAUACGGACUCGAAGGCGCUCUUUGCCCACGUUACAGGCCGAGAUGAGAAAGGCGUGGUGAUGCUUCUUGCAGACGGAGAGACAUUGUAUCGUCCUGAAUCGCCGUCCGAGAUUCUGCAGCCUGUGGGAGCAGACGUUGGCAUACUCGUCGGUGAACCUGGGGCUCAGAAAAAGGUCCGGAUACCGCACAUCUUUGGAGGCCGCAUUUGGUUCUGCAAGGGAAAUCCUCUUACAUUUAUGUUGAAUCCUGGACCAGCGGUAGUAGAGCCAUCCGUGAUGAACCCGACCGACCCAAACUUUCACGCCGACUGGGGUUUCUGCGAAUUUACUUACAACAACGACCAGUUGUAUGUGAACGUGUCAUAUGUUGACUUUGUGAGCUUACCAAUCGGUCUGGAACUCGAGAACGAAGCUGGGAAAGUCACACAUGUACGGGGUUUGCCAAAGGAUGGGCUGGACCAAGUCUGCGAAGGGCUCAAGCGCCAGGGCGAAAAAGACGGCGCGGGAUGGGAGAAGCUUGUGGUCAAAUCAAAUUCAGGCUCCAACCUCCGGGCAUUGAGCAUCAAUGCUGCUGCUGAGCUCCACCCAGGCUUGCUGGAGAACUACUUUGCGCCAGAGAUCGAUGCGGCGUGGGAGCGAUACAAGAAAGAGGACAUCGAGAUCAACACGCAGGCUGAAUGGGGCGACGUCAAGGGUCGAGUGCAUCACGACAAGCUCGUCUUCAAAGACGUGGGCAAAGAUAAGCUUAAAUUUUCAUUUGAGAAACCGUCGACUCGGGAUAUUGUAUCGUGCAGCUCCGGACCGUUUGCGGGGGGACCGGACGUCACGCCGGCACAGCUCAACGUCGGGGCUCGGCUCGCGGCUGCACUAAACAGAACGACACUAUCAGGGAAUUCCCGGCAGCCCGAGGGGGAGAAGUGCGACCAAAAGGACCCUUCGUGUACACAAUGCACGAAGAAGGGGAUAACUUGUCCUGGUUAUCGUAACCUUGUUGAUCUGAUGUUUCGAGAUGAAAGCUCUCAUGUCAUCAAGAAAGCAGAAAGAAGACGGUCCCAGCACCUCAAUCCGAAUCAAAAGAGCUCUGCUGGCCAGGGACUCCCCUCUCCCUCUCCAUCCCCCUCAACACCUACUGAGCCGAUCGGCUCAUCGCCGACAUUCAUCAUUGAUUCAAGACCUGGGAGAGGCUUACCACCUGCCUCCAAAGUAGAGAAACCUAACAAAGCAACGGAUAGACGUUCUAGGAAACGGGCCGCUCGUUGUCGCGCACCUGUGCUUUCAGCCUUAAACAAUGAUUGGAGCCGUUCUUCUUCAGAGACUUCGGAAAGCCCAGCUGAUGCCAACGAUGAUGCCAGAGCUUCCGAGCUCGACGUCCCACUAGACAGGGCUUUAUCCCCCGAGACUCAGGACAAGGGCAUUUCCUUCUUCUUUUCUCGCUAUGUCACGACGGAUGGAGGUCCCCACCAGAACUAUUCUUUCAUAUUCGAUGUAUGGAAGCCCCCGGACUCGGCCCAGUCCCAAGUUGACCUGGUCUCUGUCAGUAUGGCAGCUGUUGGACUUGCGGCAUGCUCUCAAAGUCUCCAGUCACCCGAACUUAUGACCCGUGCCCAAGAGAGCUACGCCAUCGCACUCGGAUUAACGCACCGGGCCCUCCGUGACCCGAUAGAAGUAGUGAAGGACACAACUAUGCUUGCAGUAUUGAUUCUUGGCACAUACGAAUUCGUUUCGGGCUACAGUGCUCAUACGAUGCGUGCUUGGCAAGAUCAUGUUAAUGGAGCUGCUGCUCUUGCGAGUAUAAGGGGUGUUGCUCAAUUUAGGACCAAAGCUGGGGCCCGCAUGUUUCUCAUGCUUUGCCAAACGGUCCUAAUAAGCUGCAUUCAGAGUGGUCUCCCUAUGCCAGGAACUCUAAUAGAUCUUCGCCGUCAAAUUCCGCCCACUGAAGAACUUAUGGGGCCUGACUUUUAUGUAGCAUAUCCCGUUUACAAAGCACUACAAGUUCGGCACGAUAUCAAAUCAGGCACACUUAACAGUCUUGAUGAUAUAGUCAACGCCAUAUCUGAUGUCCAGGAAGAAAUUUCUGCAACACUCUCCGGGCUACCAGAGGAUUGGAGAUAUCACAAUGUACAGUUGACGCAGCCGGACCCACGAGUCUUGGGACAAACUUGUCACGUUUAUACCGGACUUCUCCAAUCCACCACCUGGAACAUGGUGCGAGGAAUACGCAUGCUCCUAUUAGAAACAUUCGUUGAGAAAUUUUGCGCAAUAUUCGAGUCAUCCAGCGAUACUGUAAUAUCGGAGGCCCAUCUUCAGAUUCUGGCCACGUCUGUCAAACUUUUGAACAUGCUAGGACGGUCGAUCGCUGCGAGUAUACCACAGCAUCUUGGAGUUGUUAGUAUACGCGAUAUAAUUGACCGAAAAGACCCAGCACGUACGGUAUCGAUUGCUGCUAAGAAGCAGGCCUGCCGUGUUCUAUCAACGCCUCCCGCUCAUGAUACACGAUUUGGUACCGGGGACGAUGCUUCGAGCAGUGGUGGUAGUCCUGUAAUGUUUGACCCGACAAGAUCAACAGCCCAUACAGAUGAUGCCGCUCGUUUUAUGAGCCUUGCUUCGACCAACAGCACCAUUAUCUGGCCAUUGUACAUGCUUGGCAUGUCGUCGGCCUGUUCCUCUGAGACGAAACAGUAUGCUGUAGAGGGUCUCAAUGCCAUAUAUAGAGAAGCUGGCUUGGAACAGGCGCGCGUUGUUGCGGGACUGUUGCAGGAGCAGAAAGCUGGCCCUUCUAUCUGUAACACCUCACUUCUUAGCAAGCUUCCGUCAGUAGCUCCGAGCACGCUACCUUCAAUAGUUUGA